AUGGUUAAUGAGGGAAAAGUGAUUAUUAAAGCUUGUAAAGGUUGUGAAAUUCAACAUUGUAUAUGUCAAGGUGAAAAGGGAUGGCCUGGAGUACCUGGAUUACCAGGCUUCAAAGGCCAUCCUGGUCCACCUGGAGAAGCUGGUCCCAUUGGACCUCCUGGAAGAAUAGGGUUAAAAGGAUCUAUUGGUGAUUUUGGAGCACCUGGACCAAAAGGAAUCAGAGUAUGUUUUUGCUUUGGUGCUCCUGGAGAGUAUGGUCCAGUUGGUGAUCCAGGUGUAAUUGGCUGCAAUGGAACUGAUGGAAGACCAGGAUUACCUGGUGUACCUGGCCCUCCUGGACCAAGAGGAUUACCUGGAGAACAAGGAAAUCAAGGUUUUAGGGGAGAUCCUGGAGAAGGUGGAAUUAAUUCAAUUGGUGUUAGAGGAGAUCGAGGAGAAGAUGGCUAUCCUGGAGAACGUGGUCCUGUAGGAUUAACAGGUUUUACUGGAGAGAAAGGACCAAGAGGCAGUCCUGGAUUACAAGGUCCAAAAGGAUGGAUUGGAGAACAAGGACCUCAGGGAGUUGUAGGAGAGAGUAUAAAAGGACAAAAAGGUCAAAAAGGUGAACCAGGUCCUAUAGGUGAUCAGGGUUUGCCUGGAAAAUCAGUAGAAGCUGUUGAAGGACAAAAAGAAACUGUUUUUCCUGAACCAGGACCACCAGGGCCACCAGGGCAAACUGGAAGUACUGGUGAAAAGGGACCAACUGGAUUUAGCGGAAAACCAGGUGAACAUGGUGCUCCUGGUGCCUCUGGACCAAAAGGAGAAAAAGGAGAUCGUGGAGAUGCAGGUCCUAGAGUAAGCUCAAAUUUCCUAAAUUUUACUAAUAAAUAUCAUAAACUUUAAUUUCUGAUAAAUUAA